AUGGAUCGUGAGAAGUUGGCAAAGCUGGCCUCGGCCGUCCGCACCGGCGGCAAGGGCACGAUGCGUCGGAAGAAGAAGGCGGUGCACAAGACUGCAACGACCGAUGACAAGCGCCUGCAGAGCACGCUCAAGCGGCUGGGUGUCAAUACCAUCCCUGGCAUUGAGGAGGUCAACAUCUUCCAGGGCGACUCCGUCAUCCAUUUUGUCAACCCCAAGGUGCAAGCCUCCAUCGCGGCCAACACCUACGUGGUCAGCGGCCCCUCGCAGACCAAGAGCGUGGCGGAAAUGAUUCCCCCGAACCUGCAGCAGAUGCUGGCGCAGAUGCAGAUGCAGGGCGGCCUGCCAGGCGGCCUGCCCGACAUGGCUGCGCUGCAGAAGAUGGCGCAGCAGAUGGGCGGCGGCGCGGGCCUCGGCGGGCCUGCAGAGGAGGACGACGACGUCCCAGACCUGGUGGAGAACUUUGAGGAGUCGGCGAAGAUCACAGAGGAGGCCUCUUGA